GGUGGGUUUCUAGGGUUUUGCUUGGUCUCGCCUUUUGUGCGUCCGACUGAUAUGUUAUUGGGGAGGGCGAGAGGAGGGAAAGGGAAAAUAUGUAAGCGUUUUCGAAGUGGGGAGGAGGACGGAGGCCGAGAUGGAUUCUCAGAAGCAGGAGAAGGAGGAGGACGAAGACCGCCGGAGAACAGACCUCAGAAUGGCCGGCUGCGGCAGCAGUGGAGGAGGAGGUGUAAGCGGCAGUAGCGGAGGAGGAGGCGGCGGCGGCGGCGGGAUGACACUGCCGCCUCCGGUCGCCAUACCGGUCCACCGGUUCAUAAUCCCCAAACCGGAGCCUAUCGAGAUGAGGGGAGGGUUCCAGAUUCUCCGGCGGCCGACCGGGCGCACCAAGGAUCGGCACACCAAGGUGGAGGGCCGGGGAAGGAGAAUCCGGAUGCCGGCCGCGUGCGCCGCCCGGAUCUUCCAGCUGACCCGGGAGCUCGGCCACAAGUCCGAUGGCGAGACCAUCCGCUGGCUCCUCCAGCAUGCGGAGCCGGCGAUCAUCGCAGCCACGGGUACCGGCACGGUCCCGGCCAUCGCUACUAACGUCGGCGGGACCCUCAAGAUCCCGACCGAGGCCCCGUUGACUGCACCAGUGACUUCCACCUCAACCCCCGCUGCGGAUGCUGCCGGGGAGGAGGCUACCAAGAAGAGGCGGCGAAAGCUCCAGCCUUCCCGGGCUGCGGGGACCGGCGUAGCCGCUGCGGCGGCGGCGGUCUACUAUCCUGUCCAGGAUCCGCUGCUUCCGGGCGGCGGCGCGAUAUCCAUGUCCACGGGGCUGGCACCCAUCGGGGCGGGGCAGGGUAUGGUGCCGAUGUGGGCUGCCACCGCAGGCGGCAGAGUGAUACCACCGGGGGCGUUGUGGAUGCUCCCACCGCCCUCUGCCAUAGCAGGGCCUUCGAGCCAGCCGCAGCUUUGGACGUUCCCGUCGGUCCCACAGAUCAUCAACCUGGCAACGGCCCGGACCAUCUCGGCCACCACGGUGUUCCCCCCUGUAGCCGUUCCCCCCGCGCCGUCAUCGUCCGCAGCCGCGGCAGGAAGUUCCGCGGCCAGCGCGCCGGCGGCCAGAGGAGAUAAGGCAGAGCUCCAGCUGAUGGGCGAGUCCGGCGAGCAACGCCACCGCCAAGAUGAAAAACAGAAGGAGAAUCACGAGGAGGAAGAGGAGGAGGAGCUCUCUGAGAGCAGUCCCGAAGAUUAAAGUUUAUUUUUCACAUAGAGAACUUCUGCUCUUCGUUCCUUUUUUUUUUUUUAAUUUUUUGUUGAACUUAAGUGAACAAUGGUCUGUAGAUCGGGGAAGCACGGCGGCCAUGGACGAUACCCGGCCAUUUCUCCGUUGUUUGGGGUCGGCACAUGCGCACGUGCGAGAUACGUGUUCUCUAACUUUUACUCAGCUGUCA